CCUGUUUGUCCCCAGCGGUGGCCCGGGCAUGUUUGUCACCUGAAGUGUCCCCAGAGUGUCCCUGGAGAGUCCCCAGGGGCCAUGGAGCCCCUCAAGCUGUCCCCAGCCCUGCUGGAGCCACAGGUCACCGUGGGGGCCACCCUGGGCGAGCUGCUGGCCAUCAUGGCCAGGUGGGAUGAGGAGAUGAUACAGCCCAUGUCUGCAGUGAGACUGAACUCGGACCUGGAGGACUUAACCAGGGAGGUCCGGGCCACCAUAAAGUGCAUUGAUGACACCUGGUGGCCCGACAUUGUCACCUCCGAUGGUGAUGAUCCUGUCACCCCCCUGAGCCAGGCCCUGGCCGCCUACAAGAGCACCCCCGGGACCACCUGGGACCAUGUGAAAAUGGUGGCCAGGGAAUGGCAGGGCUCGGUGGAUGUGCUCGGGGAGAGGUGGGUCAAGCUGGCCAGAGCAGCCACCGAGAUCCGCAACGCCUGGUCAGAGGUGGCCACUAAGGAGGCCGACAGGGUGAUCACUGUCAACUCCUUGUCAAGCUACCUGCAGGACGAGGCUGCCUGUGAAUGGACAGCUCAGGAAAACAUGGUGGAGCUGGGUCUGGCCCUGGGCAGGGAGGAGGGGGCCGAGGUGGGGGCCAGGCAUGAAGCCUGGGUGUGGAGAGACGCCAGGGUGGCUGCCAGUGAGGUAACCAGGGCCAUCAAGGACAGACAGUGGGUGGAGGUGACCCUGGGGCUGCUGGAGCGCUUGGUGGCCGCAGGUAACGCCGCCACCACGUUCCCCUGGGAGCUGCAGCGCCUGCUCAGGGACAUCAAGGCCGCCAUGAAGGGGAAAAAUGAGGCAUCCCGAGAUGUCCCCGAGGACUUGGUGGCCAAGGUGGCCGUGGCCGAGAGGCUGUGGGAGGCCAACGCCCUCCUGGCCAAGGAUCACCUGCUGGGGACACUUCAAGACAUCAUCAAGUUUGAUUUCGAUGAUGAACCCGCCAGCCCCAGUGCCUGUGGGGUGGCCGAGAGGUGCCAAAGAGCCAUCGAGGACAUCCCAAGGUUCCUUCGACUCCCAGAGUGUCCCCAGCACCUGCCCCCCCCACAGCUGGAAAUGGUGAUGGACGUGGUGGCCAUCGUGGGUGAGGUGGUGGCCACCGUGACCGGGCCAUACAGGGGCAAGUGCCUGUGCAAGGCCCCAAAUUCCCUGCAUGAAGUGACGGCCACCAACGAGGUGCUGGUGGCCACCGUGGCCAUGGGAGAGGCCGUGGUGGUGAGGGGAGCACAGCCAGGGAGCUGCUUCACUGAGGUAUAA